CCUACACAGCGGGGGCAUGACUAAUAUGCCAGAAAAAUUGGCAUCAUUUUUGAUAUUUCCAACGGUUAUUAAUUUUGUAGGUUUCUAAGCUCUUCGGCUUCUAUAUAAAUAGCAGCCAAACUCGGUUCUUUUACGCCUCAAAAUCGAAAACCCAUCUUGCCCUGUGCUUUGGUGUUGUAAUAUCAUCAUAGUUAUGAGCAGUGAUAUAGAGUGUGUCUGGGUCUUCGCCCUUGCAUCCAAAUGCCGAGCUUUUUCACGGGAAAGUAUUGCAUGGUCAAUUUUGAUCAUCGCUCUUGCCUGGCUACUUAUGAUCUUACUCUACUGGGCUCACCCCGGUGGUCCAGCUUGGGGAAAAUAUAGGUUCAAAAUUUGUUCCUCUCUUUCUUCUCACGCUAACAAGCCAAUUCCAGGGCCUAGAGGGUUGCCUCUAUUUGGCAGCAUGAACCUUAUGGCCAGCUCCCUGCCUCACCACCGGAUUGCAUCCGCUGCUGAGACAUGCAAGGCUAAGAGGCUCAUGGCCUUUAGCCUCGGAGAUACUCGUGUUAUUGUCACCUGCAACUCGGAUGUAGCAAGAGAGAUUCUUAACAGCUCUGUAUUUGCUGAUCGUCCAGUGAAAGAGGCGGCGUAUAGCUUGAUGUUCAAUAGAGCAAUCGGGUUCGCUCCUUAUGGAGUUUACUGGCGAACCCUGAGGAGAAUCGCGGCUACGCACCUUUUCUGUCCUAAGCAAAUUAAAGGUGCAGAGGAUCAGAGGCGCGUGAUUGCCUCUGAAAUGGUCACUUUAUUUGCUCACACCUCUAACCAAAGCUUUCGCGUACGCCAAGUCCUCAAACGAGCUUCUCUAAACAACAUGAUGGCUUCGAUAUUCGGACGAAAAUAUAAGUUAGAUUCCAUCAAUACUGAAGUUGAACAACUUGGAGAUCUAGUUGAUGAAGGCUACGAUUUACUGGGCACAUUUAAUUGUUCUGACCAUCUCCCUUGGUUGGUAGAUUUUGAUCUUCAGAAACUCAGACUUAGAUGCUCAAACCUUGUCCCUAAAGUAAACCGCUUUGUCAGCCGGAUUAUAGCCCAACACAGAGGUAGGGUUCCAACAAACUCUAAAAUUCGAGAUUUCGUCGAUGUUUUACUCUCUCUCCAAGGUACCGAUAAAUUAUCAGACUCCGACAUGAUCGCCAUUCUGUGGGAAAUGGUAUUCAGGGGAACUGAUACUGUGGCGGUGCUGAUUGAGUGGAUACUAGCAAGGAUUGUGCUUCAUCCUGAGGUUCAAUCAAGGGUCCAUGAUGAGCUCGACAAGGUUGUUGGCAGAUCACGUGCUGUGGACGAGUCUGAUGUAGCCAAAAUGAUUUAUCUUCCGGCUGUGAUCAAGGAGGUUCUGAGGCUUCAUCCACCGGGCCCCCUGCUUUCCUGGGCCCGUCUAGCUAUCACUGAUGCCACUAUUGAUGGGUAUCACGUGCCCAAGGGGACUACGGCAAUGGUGAACAUGUGGGCUAUUACGAGGGACCCUCAAGAGUGGCCAAAUCCACUUGAAUUUAUGCCCGAUAGAUUUGUGACUGGAGAAGGUGAGGUGGAGUUUUCUGUGCUUGGUUCAGACCUUAGGCUGGCUCCAUUCGGGUCGGGCAGGCGAACAUGCCCGGGAAAGAACUUGGGGUUGACCACCGUCAGCUUUUGGGUGGCAACCCUUCUGCACGACUUUGAAUGGCUACCCUCAGAUCAAAAUCCCGUUGACUUAUCCGAAGUUUUAAGACUAUCUUGUGAGAUGGCUAAUCCUUUGAGUGUUAAUGUUCGCCCCAGACGUAAAUUAAGCCUAUCACACCAGUGACAUUGUGCCCUCGAAAAUGAGGAACUAAGAAGAGCGAAAACAUGAGAAUCAAAGACCCCCCCCAAAAAAUAGUAGUAGGGAAGUGAACCCUUGAUAACCUUGUCUUGGUCGUGUCCCUCGAGUUUGAGGUUUUUAAUCUUCAUUUGUUACUGCAUAGUUAAUUAUCUAUCUGUUUUACUACUAUAUCUUGUGCGAAUUAACUAUUAGUGUGCCUUUAACC